CCUGCCCCGGGAGGCGGCGGCGCCUGCUGCCCGCUGCCGGAGCUGUCCGUGCCCGCCGCUGCCGCUUCCCCCGCACCGGCCAUGCCGGGGCCGCGCCGGGACCGCCCGGCCGUGCUGCUGCUGCUCGGAGCCUUGCUGGCCGCCGAUCUCUACUUCCACCUCUGGCCCCGGGCACGGCGGGAGCUGGCGGCGAGAGCCCCGGGCUGCGCCUGCCGCCGCCGAUCUGCCGCCGCUACGGCCGCCGCUCCGCCGCCCCGCUCCCGAGCAGCCUCCGCGCUGCGGCGGCUCUUCGCCCACCCGCUGUACCGAGCCGCCGGCCCGCGGGGCCCCGCCGAGCCGCUGCUGGGCGCCCGCGAAGCCCUCAGGUACUACCGGCGGAAGGCGGCUCGCUGGAACAGGCGACACAAGCUUUACAGGGAGGAGCUGAACCUGACGUCCCCAGCAGCACCGCUGCUGCUGCGGGCAGAGGCCAGCUGGCUGCAGUUCCACCUGGGCAUCACUCGAGAUGGGCUCUACCCACGCUCCAGCCCCACUGUCACCAGGCUCCUGCGGGACAUGCAGGACUUCACCACUAUCAGUGCUGACUACAGCCAGGAUGAGAAAGCACUGCUGGGAGCCUGCGACUGCAGCCAGAUUGUGAAGCCCAGUGGUGUGCACCUGAAGCUGGUCCUCAGGUUCCAGGAUUUUGGAAAAGCCAUGUUCAAGCCCAUGAGGCAGAGACGUGAGGAAGAGACUCCUGAGGACUUGUUCUACUUCGUUGACUUCCAGCGGCACAACGCAGAGAUCGCUGCCUUCCACCUGGACAGGAUCCUGGAUUUCAGGAGGGUGCCACCCACAGUUGGGAGGUUGAUCAACGUCACCAAGGAGAUCCUGGAGGUCACCAAGAACGAGAUCCUGCAGAGUGUCUUCUUUGUCUCACCAGCCAGCAACGUCUGCUUCUUUGCCAAGUGCCCCUACAUGUGCAAGACAGAGUACGCGGUGUGCGGCAACCCUCACCUGCUGGAGGGGUCCCUCUCUGCCUUCCUGCCGUCUCUCAACCUGGCCCCACGACUCUCCAUCCCCAACCCAUGGAUCCGCUCCUACUCCUUCGAUGGAAAAGAGGAGUGGGAAGUGAAUCCACUCUACUGCAACACGGUGAGGGAGAUCUACCCCUACAGCAACGGCAACAGACUGCUCAACGUCAUCGACAUGGCCAUCUUUGACUUCCUGACAGGGAACAUGGACCGGCACCACUACGAGAUGUUCACCAAGUUUGGGGACGAUGGCUUCCUGCUGCACCUGGACAAUGCCAGAGGGUUUGGGCGGCAUUCCCACGAUGAAACCUCCAUCCUGGCCCCGCUCUCCCAGUGCUGCAUGAUCAAGAGGAGCACCCUGCUACGGCUGCAGCUGCUGGCUGAGCCUGAGUAUCGGCUCAGCGAUGUGAUGCGGGAGUCCCUCCUGCAGGACCGCCUGGCGCCCAUCCUGACCGAGCCCCACCUCUUGGCUUUGGACAGGAGGUUACAGCUGAUCCUGAAAGCUGUGAGGAAGUGCAUAGACACCUUUGGAGAAGCCAAGGUGGUGGCCAACGACACCACGCAGCCCAAGGCUCCUGCACCUGACAGAGUGAAGCUGACCACUUAAAAGUCCUUAACUCCCUGCCCAGAGGCAGGAAAAAGCCCUGCAAGGCAAGUGGGGAGUUUUAGGAGUUGGCAGCUUCCAGCUACAAACACCUGUGGAGACUGAGAUGGGGAAAACUCUCCAGAAGGACUUCAAGCAGCACGCUGGGCUCACAUGCUGAGCACUCAGCCAAAGCCUCUGUGCUUGGCCAGUGUGUUGGUAAGUUGUGGUGUGGCUGCAGCAGAGCCAAACCACCUCAGCACCAGCUCUGCCGUGGAAAAGCAGUGAUCUCCUGUCCUGCUGCUGGGCAUGCCCUUGGGAGGGUGGGGGAACACAUGGCCAUGGGUUUGCUCAGCCAGCACAGGGCUCUUGCUCUUUGCUGGUGAAGGACACAAACUAGAUCCAAGGAUGAAGCUUGAAUAAAGAGAUGCCAAGAGCAAUUUCCUCUCA